CCCUUCCUUCAUUUACUGACCUGUCAGACAGACGCAGACAGAAAGUCUCGAUCAACAUGGCUUCAUCCUACUCCACCCGCAGCAGCUACACGUCCUCCAGUGGCUCAUCCAUGCGUGUAUCCAUGGCAAGUGAAAAAAGUGCCCGUAUAAGCACCGUGAGGUCUGGCAGCGUGUACGGCGGCGCAGGAGGUUCAGGGGUCCGGAUCUCCAAGUCCUCUCUUUCUGUAGGAGGAUUUGGCAUGUCAGGGUCGGCGGACAGCAGCAUCAUUGGCAAUGAGAAAUUCACCAUGCAGAGCCUCAAUGACCGUCUGGCUGCUUACCUGAUCAAGGUCCGCUCACUGGAGAAGGCCAACGCUGAUCUGGAGCUGAAGAUCCGCCAGUUUCUAGAUGGCAAAACCUCUCCUGUUGCUCGUGACUACAGUGCACACCAUGUCACCAUACAGGAUCUUCAGGCUAAGAUCAGGGCAGCCAUUCAUCUGAAGGGUGGAGUCCAUCUCAGCCUUGACAACACCAGCCUGGCAAUAAAUGAUUUCAGAUUGAAAUAUGAAACCGAGCAUGCCAUGCGUCAGUCUGUGGAAGCAGACAUUAAUGGGCUGAAGAGGGUGCUUGAUGAGCUCAACAUCAGCAGAAAAGACCUCACCAUGCAGAUCGAAGGGCUGAAGGAGGAGCUGGUCUUUUUGAAGAAGAAUCAUGAGGAGGAUCUCUUGGCUGCACGCACACAAAUGAGCGGACAGGUUCACGUCGAGGUUGAUGCGGCUCCACAGCAAGAUCUCACCAAGGUCCUGGCAGAAAUCCGUGAGCACUAUGAAGCAGUCACAGCGAAGAACCAGAGAGAUCUUGAGCACUGGUUCAAGACAAAGACAGAAACUCUGAAACAAGAAGUUGUCACCAGCACCACAGACCUAAAAACUACUCGCUCUGAAGUCAAUACGGUCAAAUCCAGACUGCAGUCGUUGGAAAUCGAACUCCAGUCCCUGAUAGCUAUGAAAGCAUCUAUGGAGGCCACACUGUCUGAAACAAAGAAUCGUUAUUCCAUGAAGUUGUCAGGCUACCAACAUCAGGUCACCGUCCUGGAAGAGCAGAUCGUGCAGCUCCGGGCUGAUCUGGAGCGCCAGCGUUAUGAGUACCAGAUACUCCUGGACAUCAAGACCAGACUGGAGAUGGAGAUCGCAGAGUACAGGAGACUUCUGGACGGAGAAGCCACUGUCAAAACAACCUCCAGUUCCACCUCGAGGACUAAAGUCAUCACAGUUGUGGAAGAGGUUGUAGAUGGAAAAGUGGUUUCCACCUCCACGUCUUCAACCAUGUCUGACAGUCGCAGAAUUUGAUUGAAAUGCCUGUUUGUGUUGCUGUAUGCACAAAACUGGAAACCAAAUAAAACAGAAUUUUGGUGA